AUGCCUCCAGUACCCUGGCGAGUCCACAUUACCGAUCACCCUGGCUCAACGCGGGAGGAGAUCGAGCAGGAGCCUGACUGGUCGACUGAACAUAACCACCAACAUCGCGUCGGCUACAAGAAUCGCGAUGACCGCCGGGCUGGCAUCACCCACGAGAGUGAUGAGACCAAGAUGCGCGACGACGUCGAAGAAGCACGCGAGGGUCACAAAGACUUGAUGGGAAGAGAGAAGAAGGGUGAUCUUGUCAACUUUCGAGAUAUUGUGCUAGAAGAAAAGGAUCUUCACCUACGACACCCUGAGAACAGAAGCUUAGGCUGGAGGUUUGUGCUCCCGUGCACAGAAGAUUGGGUCAAGAACCAAGAGGAGUGGCCGGCGAACAUCGAGAAGCGUGAGAAAGAAGAGCAGCAAAAGAAGUCCGAGCACCAAGAUGACGGUACAAAGGACAAAAAGGGAGGCGACGGUACAUUGGACGAAGAGCAAUGGAAGCGAACUCAGGGCGACAGCGACAAGCAUCAUGACGCAUAUGCCGAAAGUGGGGAGGACUCUGGCUACUCUAGCGAUGAAGCCGCAAAUAAGAACAAGACAGAGUAUGAGAAGCUUCGAGAGCGUUACUCCGUGCAAGAAAUCGCAUUGCUUCGAACUCUACAACACGAGAAGGACUACAUCCAAACCCUUGAACAAAACGAUGGGAAGCGCAAAAGCCCUCAAACGCACAACCGUAGUACCAUCUCCAUCGAUGAAGCAGAUCAAUUUUCCCCGGACAACUGGCUGCCACGUUCUUCAGAUUUAAUUCGCCUGACGGGUAAGCAUCCAAUGAACGCCGAGGCAAACCUAUCACAUCUCUACGACGCUGGACUGAUUACGCCUAACGAAUUGCACUAUGUGCGCAAUCACGGCGCUGUCCCAAGACUGCUGUGGGAAUUCCACGAGUUGGAUGUCGAAGGCGGUAAGCUUGUAUUGUCCAUGGACAAUCUGAAGAACGAUUUUGAUACCAUCAACAUUCCGGUAGCUUUGGCGUGUGACGGUAACCGCCGGAAAGAGCUGAACAUGAUCAAAAAGUCUAAGGGAUUCAGUUGGGGUAGCGCGGCUGUCAGUUGCGCAUACUGGAAAGGACCGUUGGUGAAAGACAUCCUGCUUAAAGCUGGCUUACCAGCAAAGAUGCCUGAAGGCAAACGCUACUGGGUUAAUUUCGAGGGCGCAGACGAGCCCAGUGAGGGGAAGUAUUCCACAUGUCUACCAUUUGACUACGUGAUGGAUGUGACAAACGAUGUUAUCCUCGCAUACGAAAUGAACGAUCUCCCGCUUCCCCCUGAUCACGGAUACCCGGUACGACUGAUGAUACCGGGGUAUGUUGGUGGACGCUGCGUCAAGUGGCUGAAGCGUAUCUGGAUAUCGGAGAAGGAAAACGACUCGCAUUAUCAUAUUUGGGAUAACCGCGUCCUACCAUCAUUUGUUACGGAAAAGGACGGCCAAUUUGCGGAGACGUUGUUCCGCCAUCCUGACACGGCUUGCAAUGAGCAAAACUUGAACUCGGUCAUUGUGAAGCCUGCGCAAGGGGAAAAGAUACCGCUUUCCGAGGCCAAGAAAGGAAAGACGUACCGUAUAGAAGGCUACGCAUACGACGGCGGUGGCCAUGAGGUACAGAGAGUGGAGGUCUCGCUGGACGAUGGAGAGACGUGGCUGUAUUGUAUUCGAAAAUUCCCAGAUGCGCCCAUCCGACAUGGCAACAAGUUCUGGACGUGGCUACACUGGCAUGUGGACAUUGAGAUUUCGCACUUACUCAGAGCGAACAGCAUCACUGUGCGCUGCUUUAACGUCUUCAAGAACACCCAGCCGAAAGAUCCAAAUUGGAACGUCAUGGGUAUGAUGAACAACUGCUGGUACAUUGUUCGACCUUCAAUCGUACAGGGAGAUGACUCUGAUAUGCCUUCAAUCAUGUUCCGUCAUCCAGUGGAGCCAGGCACGGCGGAUGGUGGGUGGAUGAAGCCGAGCGUUGAGAACCAGAUGGCGGCUGUCAAACAGUCGGCCGGUACACCACAGAAGCAGUUCACUCGUCAGGAGAUCGAGAAGCAUGAUAAAGAGGAUGAUUGCUGGAUCGUGGUCGAUGGAAAGGUUUACGAUGCGACGAGCGUGUUGGAAUGGCAUCCUGGAGGUAAAGCUGCCGUGUUGGGCCAUGCCGGCAAAGUGCACGCAGAGACUAGUAAUGAAUUCGAGAGCAUACAUGACGGUUAUGCUUACAAGAAGCUCAACGAAUGCGCAAUUGGUGUAGUGACGGACAAGACUGCUGCUUUCAUCAAGAAAAACGCAGAAGCAGCUGCGAAAGAGCAGUCACAAUCGUCUUCGAAACAAAGUAAAGUUGUUCUGCAGAAACACCGAUGGGUACCAGUCAAACUUCUCGACCGUAAACCCAUCUCGGAGGAUACGCGCGCGUACACCUUCCAACUACCAAAAGAUACACCCGAUCUGGGUCUAUCAACAUGCCAACACGUACAACUAGGCUACCAUCUCCAAGACAAGAUGCUCAUCCGACCAUACACGCCUACCAAGCCACUUCUUCCUGAUUUAUCUGAUGAAAGCAACAAUAAGAAAACUGACAACCGGAAUCUCGCAGACGGCGUUGGUACCUUCGAACUCACUGUCAAGACUUACUUUCCAUCUAACUCGCAGCCUGGCGGCGCAAUGUCCAACAUUCUCGAUUGCAUGCCUCUCGGCGAGGAGAUUGAGAUCCGAGGCCCAACUGGCGAGAUAGUAUACAACGGCAACGGCGUCUUUAGCAUCUCCGGAAAAGACUACACGUUCAAGAAGAUCAACCUCGUUCUCGGUGGAAGUGGCAUCACGCCUGGAUACUCACUCAUCGCACGUGCGAUGUUAUCGAGCGAUCCUGAUAUACAGAUUUGUGUUCUGGAUGCGAACAAGUCUGAAAAGGACAUCUUGCUGCACAAAGAGCUUGACGAGUUCGAGAAGUCGAGCGGAGGCAGACUGAAGAUUACUCAUAUCCUCAGUCAUCCGAGUGACGACUGGAAGGGCAAGAAGGGUCAUGUAGAUGCUGAUCUGAUUCGAGAAGUUCUGUUUAAGCCAGAAGAGGGAACGGGCGUUUUCCUUUGUGGGCCUCCCGGUAUGAUCCAGAAGGCUGCCUUGCCGGCACUGGAGAAGUGGGGUUUCAAGGAGGGAGAGAAUGUGUUUGGGUUUUGA